GACAUGCCCUCCAGCUACCGUGGGCUGGCUGAGAUGCCACUAGACAAUGUAAGUACAGUGAGGUAUUGAAUAAUAGCCUGGUCGGUGGGUUGGGUAGAUUUUCGAGCAACUGGGCUGGUGACCCUAUUACCAAAAAAAAAAAUCUUUUCUUUUUUCUUUUCUCUUCUUGUUCCCGUCCAUCGGGUCGUUAGAUCCCAAUAGUCUCUUACCGUUCAUGCUGGAUGCCGUUGCAUGAACGAAAAAAAGAGGCUGAGAGGUUUACUAUUGAUACGUUGUGGUUUAAUGGCGUCUUCCUUGAUAAGUUUGAUCUACUGAACUUCGGCCCAACUUGAUACCCACCGUUCGUUCGCAGCUUCGCGAGCUUGUAUAACGAGUCGAAAAGCUCCGAGUCCUCGCAUUGCUUGUCGUCGUUGAUGUCAUUCAUCUAUUGCAAAACCUUUCUCUCUUAACUACCUUUCUUAUCGACACUUUCUCCUAAGUAUAGCCCACUACUAGGCAUGCCUCUUAGAUGGUAGUCUCGAACAAGAAAAGUGCUUCCAAGAGCGCUGUAUUAUUGGCAUAUUAGUUCAACGUCGAUAUAUCUUGUAAAUCUUUCAAGAUGCUUCCGAAGUGGUCGAGCUUUUAUGCUUUGAUCUAUUUAUUCGUCUGCUUCAAUGUGGUGGCAGCAGGGCGAUUAGGACCAUAUCCGAGACAAGAAACCUCUCCCUCGACGACAGAGGCCACAAAGACGACACAAGAUGGAGAUAGAGAAACCACGACAACUUCUCCAGAUAACUCAGAAACUCAUUCUAGUUCUUCAGCAAAGCCUACGUCCGUCGAGGUUACUACUAGCGUAACCAGCACCCCAGCAGCAACGGCGAUUCCCUCCGCCCUCAAUGGGAAUAAUCCGAGUAAUGAUAGCUUUUCUGAACAACCGGCUGUUAUUGAGGGUGAAUUGCCCUUACAGCCUCGACUAACGCCAGGAUGGGGCGUUUCAGGUGCAAUUAUGCUCAUUACCGGAAUUGUGUAUGCUUUGGUAGGCAUCAAGAAUACACGGCUACAUACCUUCUUCUCUUCGGCAUAUCUUGCUAGUCUCAGCAUAACGGUCCUGAUCGUUUACGUUAUGAACCUUCCCGUAUCGGAUGCCGUUCAAGGGGCAUAUGUUGUGGGUGCCAUAUGUGCCGGUCUGAUCGUGGGUGGAGCUGCAACUAUCUUCAAAGAGCUUACUGAGGGCCUUGGAUGCCUCCUUGGUGGUUUCUGUUUUUCUAUGUGGCUUCUCACUUUGCAUGAAGGUGGUUUACUUCCCUCUACUGCCGGGAAAGCGAUCUUCAUCGCGGCUUUCACUGUUGCGGGGUUUGCCUUCUACUUCAGCCACUACACGAGGCCGUACGCUAUGAUUGGCUUGAUGUCUUUUUCGGGUGCAACAAUUACAGUUUUGGGCAUUGAUUGCUUUAGUAGAGCAGGGUUAAAAGAAUUCUGGGCUUAUAUUUGGAACCUGAACGACGACCUAUUCCCACUCGAAACCACGACGUAUCCGUUAACGAAAGGUAUAAAGGUGGAGGUUGCUAUCAUUAUUGUAUUGACCGUUCUCGGCUUGAUCUCUCAGUUCAAGCUAUGGCGCGUGAUUCAAGAUCAUCGUGCGAGACGACUCGCAGCCGAAGCGGAAUUUCAGAGGAUGCGAGACGAAGAGGAGGCCAAUGUCGGAAGACGGGUUGAAGAAGACAACAAGCGUGAAAGGAGGCAAUGGGAGACGGCAUACGGAGAUUUGUCAACGCCGCCGAGCCCUACUGUUUCGCGCGACUCAGGUGUUGGUGAGAUCGAGAAUGAGAAGAAGGGCCAGGUAAGCCGGACGACUGUUCAGCCCGUUUCGUCAAGUGAGACAGAGAAUGAGAAUGCAAUCGAGAUGGCAGAUCUCCCAUCCGAAAACAACACAUCUUCCGAGGCUGAGAAGCAGCUAGACGAGGGUCUCGUCAUUGCGGGGCACGAUGAAGAUAAUCGGGUAACUGUUAGGGUUUCGAGGGACUACCACAAUAACGAUGAGUCAAUGCCCUUGCCGGAACCGGAUGAAAAAGCCUGGAUGGCCGGUGUUGAAAGUGAAUCGCAACCUGUGUCUCCAACGUCACGCAAUUCGCGAAGGAUAUCAAAACUAGCCGGUCCCGAGAUAAUACCUUUACCAUUUAAAGUCCCGGAACCACAGGAAGAGGAGGAGAUCGAUGAUGGUGAUCGGUCGUCAUUCGCAACAUUUGCUGAUGAAGACGACCGGUCCAUUACGUUGAGUAAAAGAGCCUCAAGGGCGUCUCUGUCACAUAGACUGUCUGUUGGUUCAGGUAACUUGCUACGAAGUUUAUCUCAACGCUCGAAACGGUCUGAGGCAUCCAAACGACAGACUGGGGAAUUCGAGUUGCCGCAGCAUUCUCCUGGAUGGGGAGGAAGCAAAGAGGGGUUAGUAUCCAAGGAUCAGAAACCUCCUAGAGAUACUGGCUCUAUCGCUGCUACCGUUGACGGCAUGAGUGAUAGCAGCGAAAAAGACACAAUAUUAGCUAAAGCCGAAGAACCUACGCGAACAGGGGAAAUCAAAGCAGAACUAGCAGAUAGACAGUCGAAGGGCGAGUCCACUCCUGACAACCAGCUUGUCGCACAACCCAAGCCAAACGACUCAGGCGCCCAUUUUGAAGUUCGGCCUUACUCGGUAGUAGAGACAGUUGCAACUGACAUAUUAAACCCGUCAUUACUAGGAGAGCCUCCGGAAGAUGGAUCAAAAACAAGGAGCGGAGCAAAUGCUGCAGGAAAGGUGGAUGGGGUAGAUGAGACUAACAAACUUGCUAACGUAGCGGAAUCGAAAACUCCCUCUGACACGUCUAAGGUUGCCAAAUCCGCAUCCCCAUCCGCUGUGUCCUCCGCGAGCCUUACCAAAGAGCAUCUUCCUUCCAGCUUGUCACGUGUUGCUCUGUCGUAUCGUACAAACGAGUGGGCAAAACAUCUGACGCUAGCAGAAACACCCGAGCCUGAUACAUUAUACCUGAAUGAGUAUCCUGAGGCCGAAGAGGAGGUUCCUGCCCCUGUUAAUGUUGAUGAACUGCAGCAAACAGCCGAGGGUGGUAUUCCACCUGCCCCCAUAGUGAGGUCUCCUUCUUCAGUAUCCAAUGUCGGAUCAAACGCACAGCUCAACCGUUCUUCUUCAGGAUUGACUGUCACAGACGGAUCAAAUGUCAUAAAAGCGACCCAGCUGAAUGUCCACACUGGGCAAAAUCUACGGAUGAAGGGUCGCCGACAGUCGGGAGAUAUUAUUAUUCAACCAAUUCUAGAAGAGAAUGGCGAAGAACACCUCAGUAUUAAAGCUGGUGCUAUACAGGAGGAAAGAGAUGGUUCUGUUUUGAAAUCAGGCCCUCCUUCGCCUUUGGAACUUGAACCGCAAAUUACGAGUCGGCUUUCUGUCCCGGGUGUUGUGUCAUACUCUAGUCCCCAGACGCUAAUUGGCAAGAGGGAUAUGUUUUUACGUAGCAAGUCUCAAUCAACACUGCUGCUUUCACAAGCAAUCCCCGAGACUACACAAUACUCAUUUAACCCGACCAGCCAAAUGGAACAACCAUAUAAUUCGCUAGCCCCUUCGCCAUUUGUCGGUCAGGAUGCUGAUGAUCUCCCUCUGAGCAAAAGAAAGGAGCUUAUUCGGCAGAGCAGUUUGCUUCCCGCUAAAUCGGCUGCUGUCAUCCCCAGGCCAAAUAGCACGAUGAGAAUGGCUUAUACACCUGGUCUUGGUCAAGGACCCAGCUCACCAGUCGCGGCUGAGAGCGCACAGUUCGACUCCCACCAACCUCAAAGGCAUUCCACAGCUCCAUCCCAAGCACACCGCGAAGCCCUACUAGCCAGUUUUCGGCAGUCCGUUGCUGUAGAUCUACGAGCCGGUACUCCUAUCUCGCCCGCCGCUAAUAACAGCGGGGAGGCUCCUAUGAUUCGUUCUUCUUCGGCAACUUUGCUCGGACCUAUAGGGUUACGAAAUGGGAGCAAUGACGUCCAGCAAACGAUUGAUCAACAGAGAAGUGUACUUCUCUCCCAGCGGGAACAAGAGGCACAGAGGAAAGAACAGGAGCGCCGAGAGAAAGAGCGUAACGAGCGCGCAUUUGAAGAAAUGAUGCGCCGUGGUGACCUCAUGGAUGCUCAUCGGGAAGCUAUGAGGAAGAUGCAACGCAGCAUCAAGGACCAAUGACACAAGAAUAUGUAGGGGCUAUAAGGGUAUAUAUAUAUAUAUGAGCAAACGGAUAUACGGAUUUCAUAAGUUCCAAAACAUCGUCUUGGGGUCAGGUUGGUAACGGCAGGAAUUUGAUACCCUUUCUUUCC